UUCCCUUUUGUGUAAACGAAACGUGCAGGAAUCAUUCAAAUUUGACCCUGCCUGUGAAUGUCCAGCUAAAGUCAGCUGCAUUGAGGCGCCAUCUUCCGCCGAGACGCGAGAAUCAUUUGGCGCGAGCGAAGCCUCAACAGUGGACGAGUAGCGGCUAGCUAUGAGAAUGACCACAUCUGUGUCCUCUAAGCCUCCACCUGCAGCACCUAUAGUCGAGAUAUCUGCCCCUGUCAGUGUCAUUGUUAGUCAAAGCUCAAAGGUUGUCCUGGUGGAAAUGACUGAGGCUGAGAACCAGCAGAUCAUCCAGUGCCGUAUUGAAGCUCAGGUUGCAGAGACAGACAGCUCUGACCUUUCGUCUGAUAACCCAAAAACUGUCUGUUCUCCCCAUACCCCCUCUGGCAAGCAGUGUGUCAUAUCAGAGUCCAAUAAUCACAGAUCGGUGGAUGUUCAAGAGAUUAAAAUGCAGUUGGGAUAUGAGGACACGCCAGCCAGUGGUGCAGAAUUGUCCUGCUCUGCGAUGGACAAAGUUAUGUGUGUUAUAGACCAGACGACUGACCUGUGUCAUCAUCAGACAGGUGGAGAGCUAUGGUGCCGGCGACCAAGCCCACCUGCACGUGUCUGCCUAGAGAAAAGGUUUUUGUCAAUGUUGUGUCAUUCAACCGUGACGGCAGGAAAAGCCACGCAAGCAGAUACAGAGAAGUGGCACCAGCAACCAUCUGCCACACUGAAAGAUGUGCCCGUGCUUCCUGUCAAACUUGCCCACAGCAGUAUUAAUGUCACACAGCAUUUAGAGAACUGCAAGCCUCAUGCUGGUUUGUUGGAUACUAAGUUUGGCAAAAGGACGAAAUCUCAGCUGGAUCAAACUCAGCGCAGAGAAAUGCAUAACAGAAAGGAACGAGAUCGAAGGAGAAAAAUCCGCCUGUGCUGUGAUGAGUUGAAUAUGUUGGUCCCGUUCUGUUCAGCUGACACUGAUAAAGCCACCACGCUGAAGUGGACCACAGCCUUCCUCAAAUACAUCAGAGAAAUACACGGAGAUUCUCUCAAACAGGAUUUCCAGAACACGUUCUGUAAUACAACCGGACUUCGGCCGAAGCCAAACUGUGUUCAAGAGGUACAACACCUUGAAUCCUAGAAAAACACUUUUUGAAACAUUUCCACAACUGAGUUAUUUCUGCUUUAUAUUAAAGAGCUAUAAAAACAGCUUUUUCAGAUUUGAUCUUAUCCACAUUGUGGAUUGUGUGGUGAUAAUAUAUCUAUACAAAAUAGUUCAAGUAAAGCCUGUCAAUUAAAUGUAAGUUAUAAUCUCUCGAUGGGAACCAUGUUUGUCCUGUUCCUUGGUUUACAUAUGAAUUUGAAAAUAUGCAUAUAAACAUGAAAAAACUCUCAUACAGAAGGCACUGUAUGUCUUAUUAUAGCAAUUUUAGUGUAGUAUAGUUAGGAAGUUUUAUUUAUGGCCCUUAUUCUAUUGUUUAUUAAUUAAAAUGUUAUUUUAUUAUUAACAGUUAGUAUUUUUGCCAACUUGAUAAAACCUUUUAAGUGAGAAUGAGUAAAGUCAUGUACUGACACAUUUGUUAUUCUGAUGUAUAUUUUAUAUUAUAUAAUGCAUAAAAUAAAAUGUUAUUUAUUAAGAUAAACAUUGAUU